AAAUAGAAUUUCCAUUAUGAGCGUAAUUUCUUCAGUCAGUGUUGCGGUAUCAACUUGAAUUAUAUUAAAAUGAAGAACGGUGAAGAAGUUGUUAUUUCUGGAAUCGGGGGUUACUUUCCUAAAUCCAUUAAUGUGGAACAUUUUCAAAAGUUGCUUUUGGAAAAUGCCGAUUUUUUGGAUUCCCGAUGGAAAGAAGGCGAAAGAGGUGUAACAAACGUAAUUGGAAGAGUUCCUGGAAUUCAGUUCUUCGAUACCGCUUAUUUUGGGAUUCACAGACAACAAUGCAUCCAUAUGGACCCUAUGCAACGCAUUAUGCUAGAAAGAACUUUUGAAGCACUCGUAGAUGCAGGGGUAAACCCGGUGGAAAUAAGAGGAAAAAAGGUAGGUGUCUUUGUUGGGUCAUCUGUAGGAGAGAAUGAUAAUAUCUUUUACGAAUCCGUUGUAAGUGGAUUUGGUGUUACUGGCCACUCACGAUCUAUGAUGCCGAACAGGAUUUCGUACUGGUUAAAUUUGAAAGGUCCUAGCUGCGAUUACGAUAGCAACUGGUUGAAUGGUCUGGAAGUCAUAAGAAUGGCUUAUGAAUCGAUUAGAGAAGGACAUUGUGAUUCUGCUAUUAUUGGUACGGCCAAUUUGGUCGUAAAUUCAGAAAUAAGUUGGACAUACAACGAUGCCAAGCUGCUUUCUCCAGAUGGCAUUACACGAUCCUUCGACGCCGACGCUAAUGGAUAUGGGCGAAGUGAUGGUAUUGUGGUAUUGUAUCUACAAAGAGCAACGAAAGCUAAACGUAUUUAUGGUACCAUUACUAAUGCUAAGACUUGCUUCAAUGGAAACCGUGAGGGUCCACUGGUAGCUAUUGAUCAGCCCAGCAUGGUCAAGUUUAUGAAAGAUUUCUAUGCUGAAACUGGCGUUGACCCAACAGAAGUACAUUAUGUCGAAGCGUAUGGUUGCGGCAUCAAGCACGUGGAUGAAACCGAAUUAAACGCAAUAGAAGAAGUUUAUUGCAAAAAGCGUUCUGGUCCUCUCCUCAUUGGAUCUAUCAAAUCCAAUAUUGGACAUGCUGAAGCAUCAGCGUCUCUUGUAGCAGUAGUAAAAGUUUUAAUAUCAAUGAAUUUCGGGACGAUUCCUGCUAAUAAGCACUACAAAAAUCCCAAUCCUAAAAUAAAAGGUCUUCUUAAUGGCACCCUAAAAGUUGUCGAUCAAAAUACUCCAUGGAGCGGUGACUACGCAGCUGUUAACGCUAUCGGACUGGCCUCCUCGUAUGGUCAUUUGUUGAUAAAAGCAAACAAAAAGACUAAGAAAGAAGGUCCUGCAGACGAUCUUACCCGUUUAUUCAUAGCUUCUACCAGAACUGAGGAUGGAAUACAGAAAAUCUUAAGCACAGUACAACAGCAUAAAAAUGACGCCGAAUAUGCGAACUUAAUACAGGAAAUUUUUGCAACCCCAAUUCCAGGCCAUUUGUAUCGGGGUUACGUUCUAGCAGGGAACGAGGUCAAACAAGAAUUUGAACAUUACCCCGGCAAAAAGCGUCCUGUUUGGUUUGUUUAUUCAGGAAUGGGUUCUCAGUGGCCAACCAUGGCCUCUGAUCUCAUGCGGAUUCCCGUAUUUGCCGAAUCCAUUAUGAGAAGUCACGCCAUCCUUCAGAAAAAGAACGUUGAUCUCCUUAAUAUCAUCACAACUAACGACCCCAAAAUAUUCGAUAACAUUCUUCAUUCUUUCAUAGGAAUCGCGGCUGUACAGAUUGCUUUAACAGAUGUACUGCGCACUGUGGGGGUGGUUCCAGAUGGUAUAAUUGGGCAUUCGGUGGGUGAAUUGGGAUGCGCCUAUGCUGAUGGGUGUUUGACAGCAGAACAGAUGAUCCUCGCUGCCUAUGCAAGAGGAAGAGCGUCCCUAGAAGCCGAACUUAUUCCAGGGAUGAUGGCUGCAGUGGGAAUUGGGUAUCAAGAAAUCAAGAGCCAGUGUCCACCAACAGUAGAGGUGGCAUGUCACAAUGGUCCUGAAAGUUGCACCAUAUCAGGACCAACAAAGGACAUGGAAGAUUUCGUGGCACAAUUGAAAGAAAGGGGUGUCUUUGCCAGGCUGGUUAAUGUUGCCAACAUCGCUUAUCACAGUAGAUACAUAAAACCUGCCGCUCCGUUUCUUUUGAAGUAUCUCAAGGAGAUCAUUCCAAUUGCAUCCCCACGAUCUUCAAAAUGGAUCAGUACAUCUAUACCUGAAGACAGAUGGGAUAGUGAUUUAGCGAAAACCUCUUCAGCUGAGUAUCAUACUAACAACUUACUUAGUUCAGUUUUGUUUGAGGAAGGAUCAAAACAUUUUCCAAAAGACGCCAUUGUCAUAGAAAUAGCUCCCCAUGGACUUCUACAAGCCAUUCUCAAACGGUCUCUGCCACCAGAAUGUACAAAUAUCGCUUUGACUCAAAGGGGACACAGGAGCAACGUUGAAUUCUUAUUGUCAGGCCUUGGAAGAAUGUUUAUUAGUGGAAUUGAUAAUAUGAGAGUUUCUGCGUUAUAUCCAAAAAUUGAGUAUCCAAUUGGACGAGGAACUCCUUCUCUAACGUCUAUUGUUCAUUGGGAACACAGCGAAGAAUGGAGAACUGGAAACGAAGAUAAACUGAAUUACCUCGUCAGUGUGAAAGACAUCCAAGUGUCCCUUAACACCGAAGAAUUCAAGGACUACGCUGGACACAAGCUGGACAGUAGAGUCAUCCUACCACCUUCAUUGUACUUGAUGAUCGUCUAUAAAAUGUUGAUUGACGAAUUCCACAAAUGCGAAGAUUUUGUGUUUCAAAAUCUUCAUUUUAAAAAAGUCCUUAGCAUUCCAACAAUCGGGCACGUACCCUUGUCCGCUAUGGUACAGAAGGGCAGUGGCGAAUUUGAAGUCAUAAGUGAAGAUGAGAUCAUAGUAUCCGGAGUCAUCAAAACUCCAGAGACAGGAAGCAAUGUUUUAUUAGAACUACCAUCGCUUGAAAUUGGCGAGGAAGCUUAUCAGCUAAGUUCUAAAGACUUUUAUCAGGAAUAUUAUCACAGGGGUUGCCAGUAUUCUGGGGUGUACAAAUCCAUAAAGUCAUUAACUAUUACGAACGAAGGUUCUGUUGCUGAUGUUAAAUGGUGUGAUAAUUGGGCGAUAUUUUUCGAUUUAAUGUUGCAACAGUUCUUCUUUCACGCCGGGGAACGUAAACAAGAUAUUAUGGUUCCAAGCCAUAUCCAGCGUCUUGCAGUGUCCAUUCCUCAGAUGCCUAGUUCAGAAGAUACAAAGGUCAAUUUCAAUGCAUCAACUGGCUUAAUUUAUUCUGAUGGCAUUCAGAUAAGUGGAGUCAGAAGUACACCCCUUCCAAGGGCACCAAAAGCUGUUUUGUAUAACUGCAUUGAGUUUGUACCAUUUUUCAAUAAAAAAUACCAGUCAUGGGAAAAUGUGAUUAAUUUCAUAAUUCAGACCAUAACUUUAGUCCCAGGCUACGAGGACAUCAGAAGCCUUUCGGUGGUAGAAGUUACGACUGAAGAUGAAAAUAUUGUUGAUAAAAUAAAAAGCACGAUGACCAAAUACAGGGACAUUAACGCUACGUACUCAAUAGUAGAAAAUCCGAAGUCGAUUGUAGCUUCGCAAAGCGAUCCCCUAUUUGUGGUGUCCGAUAAAGAGUUUGACUCAGACAUAGCCGAUUAUCUAGCCGAUUCACAUGCAUUUGUACUGACACACUCAAAUGAUCAAAUUGCUUCAUAUCCACACAUAGUUGAAGUAUCACGGUUUGAAUUUAACAACAGAAACUAUUCACUGAUCAGAAAGGCUGUUAACACCACAGCAGUAAUGGUUAAUGUUCACGGUGACACUUUAACAUCCAAAGACUUAGCCAGGAAUAAUUUACAAUGGGUCAUGCAAUUUAGAAACACUUUGGAAAAUCUUCAGCCCAAGCAAAGGCUGUACCUGGUUUCAAAUGUUAGUCCAUACGAGGGUAUUAACAACUUUGUCCGAGAUGUUCAAAAACAAUUCCAAAAUUCGGAAUUGUUAAGGUUCAUAUUUCUACUUGAUAAAGAAAAGGUCACAUUUGAUGAUUCUAAACCGAUGUUCAAAAGUAUACUGAAGCAUGACCUGGUUCUUACAGUCAUAAGUGAUGGUAAGAUUGGUAGUUACCUGUCCAUUCCUACAGAACUUCGCGAAGACGCUGCACAAGUACUCUAUUCCACUGGGAACGUUAUUUCUAAUAACCGUAUUCGAUAUAUUGGGUUGAACCUGAAAGACGAAUCUCUGAAUCCUGACAAAAAACCAGAACUGGGAGUUAUCGACUUUUCCGGUGUAAACAAUGCAAAUCAACCUAUUAUGGGCUUAGCGUGUAUUGACAAGAGUUCGUAUCAAGUAAUUCCCGACUCUGUACUUUCCUUUAACGUGCCAAACGACUGGAAUUUGGAGGAUGCUGCAGCUGUUCCCUCUUCGUAUGUCAUGGCUUACUAUUGUUUGAUGAAGAAAGCAAGGGUUUCACCUGGAGACAAUGUACUCAUUCAUUCCGCAUGUACAGGUAUCGGUUUUGCCUGUGUUUCUGUUGCUCUUAGCAUUGGAUGCAAAGUUUUUGUUACGGUUGCGACGGACGAACAGAAGACCUAUGUUUUACAGAAAUUUAAAAGGCUUACUCAUGGGAAUGUAUACAGUAGUGUAACUGCGGAAUUCGAACCUUUAUUCUUGUUAGCAACACAAGGGAAGGGUGCUCAAGUGGUUAUUAAUAAUUUAUCGGGAAGAUUGUUUGAAGCGUCGUUGAGAUGUUUUGGUACGUAUGGAAGAUUCAUCCAACUGGGCCAGUACGACAUGGAACAAAAUGGGACGUUGGGGUUGGGAAUUUUCAUGAAAAGCGUAAGUUUCUACAGUGUCUCCCCCGAGUCAAUAUUCCAAUGUUCAAUUGAAGAAAAACGGUCUAUUGCCAACCUCGUUCAAAAAGGUAUUGAUAAUUUUGUGGUGAGACGUUUGGUUAAAACAGUCUACGAUAAAUUUGAUGCCGAAAAGCUCUUAAGUGAUUUGAAUGAUAAAGGAAAUAUUACCAGAAAAAUCAUUCAAUUGACUCACAAUAUUCCUCUAGGAGAACUUAACACAGACAAAAAGACCAAAUUCUUCUGCGACAGCCGGUCAUCGUAUCUCAUAAUCGGUGGCAAUGCAGAGUCUUGGAUUGACAUGGCAGAAUGGCUUGUGCUACGAGGAGCCAAAAAAAUUAUAGCAGCAUCCGAGUCAAGACCCCAACAGUCCAGUUUAACAAGGCGACUAACACUUUUACAGUCGUUUUACAAUGCUGACAUUAUUCACGCACCAUUUAAAGCUCAUACCAGAGACUCUGCGAUGGAACUCAUUUCCGAAGUAUUCAUGUUAGGCCCCAUCCAUGCGGUGUUCUUGUUACCAACUAAUUCUGAUCAACUUCGAAAUUCUGAUAUAAAGUCAGUCCAGUACAUCGAUGCUGCAUUAAAAACAAAAGCACCGAAGACUUUGUUUGUGAAUUUGAUGAAAGAGGUCACUGGGGUAUGUCAGAAUCGGUCAGAAGCCGGAUUUCCGACGUGCACGGUUGAGUGGCAACAAGGAAUCCAGUUUUCCGAUAUUCUGGAUGAUUUGGACGACAUCCUCAGUUAUCGUUCCAACUACAUUUAUGUUAAAAACAACGAAAUUAAUGAACUGUUUGAAGAAAGCAAUCAGAUGCUGUACAAAAAGUUGAAUAAUAUGUUGCCCGCUACAAUUGAAGAUCUGAGACUGCAAGCUUUCCAGGCAUCAGUGAAACCGACUUUCAUCCAGUUGUCGUCCAAGAGUCCCCUGAAGACUCCCGAGUUACCACCCGUUUUCAUAGUCCCAGGACUGCUUCCGAAAAGAUACGUUGAAAAUUUAGCCGGGAAUCUCCUAAACCCGGUCUAUUGUGCGGACUUUUCAAUUAACAGUAUAAAAAUAAGGGACGUUUCUCUUCGUCUGGCUGACAAAAUGGAAAAUAUUUUACCAAAUGGACCUUUCAACAUCGUUGCUGUAUCGUGGGGUGGUGCUAUAGCUACGGAAAUAGCAAUAACGUUAGAAAAACGAGGUCACACAACCCAAUUAUACUAUUUGGACGGGGCCCCAGAAACCAUACAAUCCACGCUUAGGUUAUUGGGAUCGGGUGUUAAGAAGGACAUCGCACUACUUACGAGAUAUUUAAAAAUAAAUGCUGAGAUUUAUAAUAAACUGGAGCGGCUAUCAGACUGGGACAGUCGUCUUCAAUUGGUACUAGAUUCCCUACAAUAUACGGAAGAGGGCAAGACAUUCCUUAAGAGAGUACUGACGGUGCUAAAGAAUCGAAUAGACGAACUUCUCGAUUACAAUUUUAACCAUGACAAAAUGAUUACUGGAAGAAUCUUUUUGUUGAGGCCUACAGGAUCAAGCAAAUACGAUAAUUGUGGUUUGUCCAAGAUUUGCGACCAAGCAAUCAGCAUUUUAAUAGUGAAGGGCAAUCACACAAGCAUCCUUCAAAGUCAAGAAACAGCAGAUAUAAUUAAUGAACGUGUAAAGUGUUAAUUAUCAAUAAAAGAUGAAAAAGUGCAACU